AUGUGGGCAAUUUGCAACAGGAGAGUUCGUGAUUGUGUGGCUGCCGCUUCUGCCACUUUGAGCCGGUGUCUGAAGUCGGGAGCGGCCAUGGCAAAGAGCAAAUUUGAGUACGUACGAGACUUUGAGGCCGAUGACACCUGUUUGGCCCACUGUUGGGUGGUGGUGCGGCUGGACGGCAGAAACUUCCAUCGGUUUGCUGAGAAACACAACUUUUCCAAACCGAAUGACAGCCGUGCUCUCCACCUGAUGACCAGAUGUGCCCAAACUGUAAUGGAAGAACUGGAGGACAUUGUCAUUGCCUAUGGACAGAGUGAUGAGUACAGCUUUGUGUUCAAGCGGAAAAGCAAUUGGUUUAAAAGAAGAGCCAGUAAGUUCAUGACUCACGUGGCCUCCCAGUUCGCCUCCAGCUAUGUGUUUUAUUGGCGGGAUUACUUUGAGGAUCAGCCUCUUCUGUAUCCUCCAGGCUUUGAUGGAAGAGUCAUUGUGUAUCCUAACAACCAGACCUUAAAAGACUACCUCAGCUGGCGCCAAGCUGAUUGUCACAUCAAUAAUCUUUACAAUACAGUGUUCUGGGCACUUGUACAGCAGUCUGGGCUAACUCCAGUGCAAGCCCAGGGGCGGUUACAGGGUACACUUGCAGCAGACAAGAAUGAGAUUUUGUUUUCUGAAUUCAACAUCAAUUACAAUAAUGAGCCGAUGAUGUACAGGAAAGGGACUGUGCUGAUAUGGCAGAAGGUGGAUGAAGUCCUGACAAAAGAAAUUAAACUGCCAACAGAAAUGGAAGGAAAAAAGAUGGCAGUGACCCGGACCCGGACUAAGCCACUGCCCUUGCACUGUGACAUCAUUGGGGAUGCUUUCUGGAAGGAACAUCCAGAGAUCCUAGAUGAAGACAGCUGACCCUUGGUUUUUCAGUCCUGGUGUGGUUAACUAUUUGCGGCCCAUGCCUCCUGGCCUUAGGUGGCCCUGUCUCUUCACCACCCAGAACAGUGUGCUGUGAGGGAACCAGGGAAGGAAGGGCAGCACGGGGUGGUGUGUCUCAUGUGGUGUGUCUCAUUUGCUCUGAGUAGACACCUUUCUUGCUGUGUUGGAACAUGGGUCCUUCAGUAGAAGUGCAUUUUUAGAAAAUCUUGGUACUAUUUUUAUAAAGCACGAACUGUUACAUGCCUUGCAGAAUGAAUCAUUUUUAGAUAGUGGCAUAAGUCUUACAAAAAGCUGUCAAGCUCUUCACCUGGUUUAGAAAAUGAGCCUAGGCUUUACUGUCCCUCCCCUUCUCCCCUCUCCCUCACUUGACUAGAGAAUCCAGUGAUCUUGAAAACCUUACCUUGCCUGCCCAUCGACUCGCAUUCAUCCUUGGCAGACUUGGAGAUCAGUACAGGCUGAUGUCUGAAUUCAGAAGUUUCAGGAAACACUCAAGCUUUUUGCCCAUAUCCAAGAUGGCAGAAAUGGCUGAACAGAUGAGUGGAGGUUUGGAUGUGUUUGUGUGCACAUCCAGUUCUGCAGUGUUAGCAGCAGCAGGAGCAUCUUCCUGCCAGAGAUCCUGUUUUGAAGGCCACUGACCUCUUUCUAAGAAGGAAGAGAAUUCUAUGGGUGUGGCAGAGAGAGAGAGCAUGUCAGAAUGAACAAAUGAGGAGGAAGAAACAUUUAUUCCAUCUCCUCUGGGUACUUCGGUUUUAAAGGCCACCUUCCUGUUGAAUUUCAGAAGAUUCUCAAGGAGACUUGACAUGCCAAAUCAGAUAGUGGCAUGUGAAUUGUAGAGCAGCGGGGGCAGGACCCCUUGGGGCAGAAGUGGCCCAUGUCAAAGAAGCCCUUAGCUGUCCAGAGCCCAGCGGGAUGGGCUAGGCUGAGAUACUGGCCCAGGGGUGAGUGUACAGGGAACUCACAUUGUCUUAUCCUUGUUUCAUAUUUCAGAGGAAAAGAUAAUUUGGCUCUAUUAAGGUUUAAUGAAGAGACCGCCUACUCCCCAAUUCCUAGCCUUGCAUUACAGAAUUCACAGACAAGAAGAAAAUGUAUUUUUGAAAGGGCGACGGCUGGUCUCAUUCCUCACUAAUUGAUAUCCCAUCUGUCCAAGCUUUUUUCCUUCCUAUUCUCAGUCUACAGGAAUAGGGAAAUCAUGGUUGGUAAUUGAUAAAAUUCACUUUAAAAAACAAAACAAAACAGGACUCAGCUUAUUUGGCCUAAUUUUUCACUGAUUUUUGUCACUGAAGUGCAGUCUACAAAUCCAACUAUUGUGUUUGCAUCAUAAGUGGGUGCACACUGUAUGUGAAUUGCUUAUUUAAAGUGCUGAUUUCAUGUUCCCUCCCAGUGAAGAAUU